GAAAGCUUCAAAAUCCAUCCGAAAACACGAAUUCGUCUGAGCUUGAAUCAAAGAUUCUUCUUCUUCGUUCGCCUCUCUGAUUCAAGAACAUUCCAAAUCGGUGUGUGGGGCUGUAAGUUCGCGUAUAGAGACACUUGUAUGUAUUGAGAUCGAUCGAUGAUGGAUCUGUUCCGAGUGGGGUCAGGUAUGGAUUUGUUAGCGUGGAGAGGAAUGGCGUACACGUUUCUUCUCCUCAACUUCGUCUUCGCUUGCCAGCUUCUUCUUCUUCAACCCCUCGUAUCCGCCUUAGAUGGUGAAUCUGUGAAUGCUGCUGAGUUAUUUGAGAGGGCAUCACAAAGCAUCAAAGUGAAGCGUUUUAGCGAUGCCCUUGAUGAUCUCAAUGCUGCCAUUGAAGUAGACCCUGCUCUUUCUGAAGCUUAUUUCAAACGUGCUUCCGUGCUUCGUCAUUUUUGCAGAUACGAAGACUCUGAGAAUAGCUACCAUAAGUAUUUAGAACUACAUCCAGGCGAUUCCAAUGCUGAGAAAGAGCUCUCUCAGCUUCAUCAAGCUAAGAGUGCUUUGGAGACUGCUUCGUCUCUUUAUGAAUCCAAGGACAUUGGGAAGGCUCUUGAGUUUGUUGAUAAAGUUGUUCUUGUCUUCUCCCCAGCUUGCUCUAAGGCAAAGCUUCUUAAAGUGAAGCUCCUUAUGGUGUCUAAAGACUACUCAGCUGCAAUUUCAGAGACUGGUUAUAUUCUCAAAGAAGAUGAAAAUAACCUCGAAGCUCUUCUCCUUCGUGGCCGUGCCUACUACUAUUUAGCAGAUCAUGAUGUUGCCCAAAGGCAUUACCAAAAAGGGCUUCGUCUUGAUCCAGAACACAGUGAACUAAAGAAAGCAUACUUCGGACUGAAAAAACUGCUCAAGAAGACAAAAAGCGCAGAAGAUAAUGCAAGCAAAGGGAAGCUGAGAGUUUCAACAGAGGACUACAAAGCAGCUAUAGCUCUAGACCCUGAACACACUGCACAUAACGUUCAUCUCUAUCUUGGACUAUGCAAAGUCUCCGUCAGGCUUGGGCGUGGAAAAGACGGCUUAGAUAGCUGCAACGAAGCACUUAACAUAGAUUCAGAACUGACUGAAGCAUUACAUCAGAGGGGAGAAGCUAAACUGUUGCUUGAAGAUUGGGAAGGAGCUGUGGAGGAUCUGAAACAAGCCGCUCAAGGUUCCCAGGACAUGGAAAUUCAUGAAGCACUUGGUAGAGCAGAGAAGGCACUGAAGAUGAGCAAACGAAAAGAUUGGUACAAGAUUCUUGGAAUCUCCAAAACAGCCUCUAUCUCUGAAAUCAAAAGAGCAUAUAAGAAGCUCGCUUUGCAAUGGCAUCCUGAUAAAAACGUUGGCAAUAGAGAAGAAGCUGAGAACAAGUUCCGAGAAAUCGCUGCAGCUUAUGAGGUUCUUGGAGAUGACGAUAAGCGGGCGAGAUUUGACAGAGGAGAGGAUCUUGAAGAGAUGGGUGGAGGUGGCGGCCAUCAUGGAGGAUUUGAUCCAUUUGGUGGCGGUGGAGGUGGUGGUUACACCUUCCAUUUCGAGGGUGGUUUCCCCGGUGGUGGUGGUGGUUUUGGCGGUUUCGGUUUCUAACUUAGACAUGAAGCAAUCAUGUAACUUAAGACUAAGCUUUUUUUCAUAUUAUACUCAAAACACAUGUUGCACUCUUCAUCAAGAAAGUUUUGUUCAGUUUCAAUCGUCAUGUUAUCUCAUUUAAAAUCAAAACAAUAAUAUGAUAGCACAAUCUUUUAACACAACCUCAAAUUACAACAAAAUGUAUAGUUUUCAAUCGUAUAUAUAUAUUUAUAGCUCUCCCUCCAGUUACAUCCAUAGAGAAGCAGCAGCAAUGGCUGCCACGGUGGCAACUAACCCGAAUCUGAAUCUCUCUCCAUCAGAUGAAUCAGUAGAAUCUCCUCCACCGUCGCUGCCGGAAGCUGAACCUGUCGUAACCGAGCCACCUUUCUCAGGAGCCGGAGCAGGAGCCGAGCUGGAACCAAACAUGGCUAACGGCAGCAAAACUUGAUCCACUUGAUACACGGCUAGCUGCUUAUCGCUGUAAACAGAGUUAGCCACGGUGGCGCUCACAACUCCGGUGGUGAUGUUGACUUGGUUACCGGAGCUAGUGAUGUUAAGAGGGAACUUACCGUUUUGUCCAUCACCAGCUUGCGUGCGUAAGGGGUUACUAACUGUUUGAAACUGAGGCAUGGUCAAGAGUGUAGGAAGGACAUGAAACUGAACAAGCUGAACCUUCUGCUGGUCAGACAAUGAGUUUAAGGUUCCUGAUUUGAGGCUGUUAAAAGCGUUGUCGGUAGGGGCAAAGACGGUUAGGCCUUGGCUCGAGGAAGAGUUGAUCUGAGUGUUGAUUUGGUCUGCUGCUUGUGUGCUCUUGAGUAGUCUUAUGAACAUUGUGAAUUGACCGGCCUUUUCUAGGACUGCGGUUAUGUUGGUUGGACCGGAAGGUGCUGGAGAUGGAGCUUGACCAUUGGUUGAAGCCAUAACGAGGAAGAAGAUGAAGGUAUUAGAGAUCAUGAAUGUUCUUGAAGUAGCCAUUGUUGUUUUCGUUGUCUGUAUGUUGAGAGGUUUUCUGGUAUGUUAUAUAGAGAGGUGUAGUUUGG